AUGAUGAAGACCAACGUCGAGGGCAUCUACGCCAUAGGCGACGUCACCGGCAAGAUGCCCCUAGCGCACGUUGCGUCCGCUCAGGGCGUGCUACCGACCAUCGUAGCACAUCCAUCGCGACUCACCCACAGCACCGCCCAUCGACUACCGUCAGAUUCCAAGCGCGAUAUACUGCCGACCCCAAGUCGCCAGCUUCGGCAUGACCGAGACGCAGGCCAGAGAACAAGGGUAUUCGAUAAAGGUUGGAAAGUUCCCACUGGCGGCGAGCGGCAAGCGGCGCUAGCCCUGAACGAGACCGAGGGAAUGAUCAAGCUGGUUGUCGAUGCGGAGAUUGGUGAGGUUCUUGGCGCACACAUGAUCGGUGCGGAGGUUACAGAACUGCUUGGCGAGAUCGCCAUGACGCGGCUUCUGGAGGCCCACGCGAGCUCCGCUUAG